AUGGCAGAAGGCCGCAGCCUGCCUGUCCCCGCCCAAGGCGACAUAUACGCCCACGAAGGCAAGCUCUCGAUCACCAAUGCCGCUGCCAACGUUUUUGUCGUCUACGGACGCCAGCCUCAAGACGCCAGCCAUCCAUCUUCGAGCCUCUCCAUCGACUUCGUCAUGGGCAAUAUUUACCUCAUCGACUCUGUGUACUUCCCCCCGUUUCAGUGCAGUAGCACGCGCCACUUUGGUAGCCUCAUCAAAGGUUUCGGUCUUGACUUUGAUGGCUACCAUCGGGGCGAUACCAAAAUCAAGACGGUCUACGAUGAUGUCGUCUGCGUUGUAGGCAACCAACCUGGGGCAUCUUGCUCGAUUGGAACAGUUGCCGGCAACCUCGUCACCGUUUCAGAUUUGUCCCGCUUGCUCACCCGUCCGAAGCCUUCCAACGUGGCCGUCUCGUACGUCCACGGCAUGACUCUUCAUGAGUCUCACUUUGCGUACGGCGGUGGCCUCCACCGAGCGCUGACCACGCCCUUCACAAACCUCACCCACUAA